GGGUCCCACAGCAGGCUGAGAGGAGUCUGCACCGCCAUCCGCACACCGGCCUGCGGGACGCUCUCUCCGAGUCCACCCGGGAUGGAGAAAGACGAAGCGGACCCAUCCCGCCAGAGGAACGGGGCGGUGGGCGUGCUGUACGGGGAGUUCACGGACCCGCUCGACGACAGGGUCCGGUACUCGGUGAGCCUCACGGAGAGCGUCCUCAACGUGCAGAGGAUCUGCUCCUCACCCGGCCGGAGCAAGGUGCUGUUUAACUUGACAGACUGUGUGGGCUGCCGGGCGUACAGAGGGCCGGACAGCGCGGACGUCGGCGCCUACUUUGCAGCCUAUUUCUACCCGUUCAAGAGGCGCUGGAUGAGCGCCGGAGUGGCCCGGCAGAGAGUGGAGCAGGGCUUUCGGGUGGCGCUGGUCCAGGACCCGCUCGCUAACCUCCAGGAGGCGGAGAGGUGGGCUCGGGCCAUCAGAGAUGCCUCCGUGCUGCAGGCUCCCCGGAGAGAAGGUGCGGUGUAUGCGGAGGUGCGUCGGCCCUGCAGAGUCAUGAUUCUGGUGAAUCCUCACAGCGGCCGGGGCCAGGCUCUGCAGCUCUUCACCGGCCACGUGCAGGGCAUGCUGACCGAGGCCGCUGUUCCCUACACGCUCGUCAUCACAGAGCACCAGAACCAUGCACGGGAGCUGGUGAGGAAGGCCGACCUGUCGCAAUGUGACGCUCUGGUUAUCAUGUCUGGAGACGGGCUGCUUUUUGAGGUGAUAAAUGGCCUGAUGGAGCGGGAGGACUGGCAGGAGGCCAUCCAGACCCCUCUGGGUAUUCUGCCAGGUGGCUCCGGCAACGCCCUGGCUGCCUCUGUCCACCACUACUCACAGUCGCCUCCAGCUUGGAACGAGGAGCUUCUGCUGAGCUGUGGCUUCAUGCUGUGCAAAGGUCUUGUUGGCUCCAUGGACCUGGUGUCGAUCCACCUGGCCUCUAGACAGCGCCUCUUCUCCUUCCUGUCCUUGGCCUGGGGUUUCGUGGCCGACGUCGACAUCGAGAGCGAGAAGUACCGCCACGUCGGAGCCAUUCGCUUCCUGAUGGGCACCCUGGUGCGUCUGGCCUCCCUCAGAGUCUACCAGGGCAGGUUGGCGUAUCUUCCAGUUAAAGAGGCGCCAACACUUCCAAUAGGGAGCAUCAAGUCUAACCAGCCUCCCUCCACCCCUCAGCAUCAGUCGCUCUGCUCCUCCCUUCCCUGCCGACUCAUCCCCAACACCUCUCCGAACCAAAACUCUCGACACAAUCACAACAGCACAAAUUCCAACCACAACACCCUCACCAACUCCUCCAACAACGCUAUCACCACCAAGAGACCGGAGACUCAGAGCGACGGAAAGACCAGAGCACCGGAGGACUCUCUUCUCCCCGGGCUCGAUCAGCCAAUACCAGACAGCUGGACGGUCGUCAAGGAGGAGGACUUUGUCUUAGUGCUGGCUAUUUACCAGUCCCACCUGGCCGAGGAUCUGUGGACAGCGCCGGGGGCGAUGGCGGACGACGGGGUGAUUCAUCUGUUCUAUGUGACAGCAGGAAUUUCCCGUCCAGCCCUCUUGCGGCUGUUCCUCGCCAUGGAGAAGGGCGGCCACUUGGCGUGCGGCUGCCCCCACCUGGUGUAUGAGAAGGUGAAGGCCCUGCGGCUGGAGCCCGUCUCGCCACAAGGCAUGAUCACUGUGGACGGGGAGAUGGUGGAGUACGGGCCAGUUCAGGCUCAAAUCCACCCAGGACUGGCCAAAUUCAUUUGUGGAUGAGCUGAGAUUAUCUUGAUCUUUUUCUGCCUGUAGAGCUUUUUAGUCUGGCCUUUUAUACUCAGUGCCAAUUCCUCUCUGUAUGCUGUGUUUUCAGAAGUGCCAAAGACAUUUUAUCAGCCUCUGGAAAUUCCUCUAUUUUUCUACAGAAGUAACUCGUCCUAUUUUUAUGAACCCCCUCCCGUCCCCUCUUUCUGGCAAUGUUUGAUUCAGGGUCAAAGCCAUGUAUGGUUGUUCUGGCUGCUGGCUGGUCCCAGCUUAGACAAACGGUUAGAGAUUGUGUGAGUGUUCAUCACCAAUGGAGAUCUUUAUGUAUGUGUGUGUGCACUCGUGUGUGUAUGUGUGAGAUUGUGCAUGAGGAGCUUUGGCUUUUGCAUUGUGCACUCUGCUGUCGGUCCUCAUAAGCAUUGAACAUGUGAAGAGAAGCACAUUUCCCCGUCCUGGGAGGCUCGCGGAGUAGCCACGCCCCCUGUUCCACUGUGCUACCCCAGGCCGACAAUCUCUCUCCUGGGCAAACCGCUCUGACAGCCCCCCCCUCCUCUUCCACCACCACCCUUAGCCUGGUAAAGUGGAGCUUUCUUACUAAGGAGAUAUUAUAAAUCCCCCAGGGAUAUGAUGUUGAAACAUCUUUAAUCUUUGCAUAGCUUAUAUUACUCAAACAAUAGCAAAACCAGUCACACACACACGAUAUAAGAAGGUGGAGCAGAAAAAAACAUGGCCAGCUGUGGUUACACCUCCACUCCCUGUCCUGUGCGCUCCUGCUUCAUCUGCAACCAUCAUCAAACUGCCUCCACUCGCACAUAAACACACGCUUUCUUUCCCCCAUCCCCCCUCCUCCUACUGUAUGUAAUGUACAGCUCCACACAUACACACACUCAUACACACACAUUCCCUUGCAUCUCUGCAGCACUUAGCGAGGGGGAGGGGCAUGGUCUGCUACUGUGCAUAUCCCCUCUCCUCUUGCCGUCUUAAGAUUGUACGCUCCCUCCCUCCUUUGGUUAAUGAGCCAUCAGCACCUAAUGUGCCCUUAAUAGCGAGCUUUACAUCUGCAGAAGCGUGCACAAUAAGAGUUGCUAAUCACACGAAAGCUUUAAAGUGAGUUUUAGCGUUUCACACUUACUGGACCGGUUGAGUAAAGUAGAGAGAGCAGGGUUUCACACCGGGUCUCUCAGCGUUGCAUAUUGAGAGACAUCAGAUCAAUGUGUGCUGGACGGAGUCAAGUGCUCUGUUUCACUGUGUGGCCUUUUUCUCUGGUUUGCUGGUGAUGCGGUGGUGAGCUUUAUCAUCAGUUUCUCCCUAUACCCUCACACACUAGUUUAUUUCAGGUCACUACAUCCCCACCCACAGGUAUGGUGCAGCUAUCAUCACUUUCAGAGAGGGAGCUGUCGUUCCUGACCUUAAAAACAAAUCCUGUUCUUCUGUUAAGAAAGGAAUAUCAGCAAGGUUAAGGAGACAUUAUGAAUGCUGAUGCAUAACAACAAAAUCACCUCUCAUGUUGAAGGUGAAAAACAAAAUGUUGACGGGGCAAAUGGGGUUCAAAUAAAUGCUUAUUACCAGCUUUUAAAGGUUUUAGAUGGUGGAAGGUUUUAGAUGGUGGAAGGUUUUAGAUGGUGGAAGGUUUUAGAUGGUAUAAGGUUUUACACUGUCAUCCUGAGUGCAAUACAGUCAAUUCUGGAGCUUGUGAAGUAGUGUCUGCAAGAAGAAGCGUAAAUGCUAACAUUUCUUCACAUCAUAAAUUCAGAGAGAACCUUCCUUCUUUAGGGACUGUAUGAAAAUGAUUGUGUUGCCUGUCAGGGCUGGACAAUAUGGCCAAACAUUUUUAUUAAAUGCCACAUGACUAAAGUAUGAUUGAAAUAGCAUUUUAUUAGAACUUCAUGUAAAAAGAUAAUUGAGUGAUAUUGACAAACUGAAUUAUGCACAUUCAGUUCUUGCAGCAAUAGAUCCUAAUAUGUGUCCCACGACAAGGCUUCAGCUGCAAACAGGUGCAAGCCGGUGUUAGACACCAAGCAGGUAAAGACGAAGUGAAAAAAGAAGAUUACGCAAACUGAUCUCUUGACUCCUUCAAAAACGAAACUUUUUGUCAAUAUUUUAAAAUAAAUCUAAAGCAAAUCCUACAUUUUUCGUGUCGUGGAAAGCAACAUUUGGAUGAGUCCAAUUUAUUUUAUAAAUGAAUUGCCCAGCCCUGCAAUACAUUCUUACUGGUAUUCUCCUGCUGGUAAAGUUAGAAACUAUUCAAAUCUGCUGAGAUUAUGUAAAAUCAAUCACUAAUAACCAGAAGUCAAACUAAGUAAUUGUUUAACAAGUAAAUCGUAAAUCCCAAAUCCUAAUUAUUUGAGCUUAAAAUGAAACUGGUCAAAAAAAGACAUUAUAUUUGUGAUUACUUUCUACUCGAUUCCACACCUCGGCUAACAACUACAUAUAAAGAACCAUGUUAUUAUGCUUCCUUAUACCUGACACACCGACGCUGUUAGCUACUGCAAAGAUACACAUUUUUCUUCCUCAUAUGGCAACAUCCAUCAUGACUCACAACGUGCACAAAAGCCUUAAUUUUGUGCACUUAAUUCUCUUCCCUUGAUAACCCAUAACAUACUUGAAGUUGACCUCUACCAUCUUCACUGCAGUGCCGAUUUUUUGCCUGUUACUUGAUUUUACAUUCUGAGACAUUAUCAUAUACUACUGUGUGAGUCAGCUUCAACUCAUGUCCAACAUACUGUACCUCCUACCAUUACUGUAUCCUCAGCAAAGUGAUCCAGGUGCUUUGAAUGCAUUUUCAUGUUCUCACUCAUGAACUAGCAGCUGCCCACGUGCACAGUUCAUUACUAAAUGUAUGAAGUACAUCUCAUAUGGGUAGGGAUUAGCUAUGCAAAUGCCUUGUCAUGGCUGCAGAUAUCUGGAGUUAGGGCGUCCUCUGCUGGACCGCUCAUAAAUUCACAAUUGUAUCUUAUGUUGUACAAUGCAAUCGACUGUUUCUUGCUUCUUAUAUUUACAGUCAUUAAUGGAUUAGAUUUAUUUAGCUCAGCCGCAGGAGACAUUGAAUUCCUCUUACAAAUGUUCAAUAAUGGAAUCCAAUAUCCAGCUUAUUGUAAUUAAGAGAAAUGGACUUGAUAGAAACACUGCUGCAAAUAUAAACAACAAUGCUACAUCUCAGAAAAAACACUACUGUUAACUUAUGCUACUAUACUGUUAAAUUGUUAUUUACUGCUUUAAUGUAACCGCAUUUUUUUUUUAACACAACUGUUAAUACUUGUCUUUGUCAUUACUGUCAUUGCAUUUUAUGAACGAGUUAAGAAGGUUGCGUCACAGGCCUGAACCCAUGACGUUUUUAUGGUACUGAAUAUGAAAUGCUUUCUGUACUCUAUGUUUAACUCAAAAACUGCUGAGUUCACUUAAUCUAAGACUGAACAUGACCGAAAGGUGAUGAAUGUUUUAUUUUCUGUUAAUGAGGUGAUAUAAACUGGGUUUUAUUGCAGUAGAUAAGGUGAUCCAAGUGGAAGGAUUGAAUGUUUUAUUCUGUCCUCGUUAGUUGAAGAAAAUGUCCGCCAGGUAUUUGCAGCUUUCUACUUUGAAGUAAAUAGGGAAACAAAGUUCUCUAAAGAGUGCCUUAGCCAUUACCCAAGACAGCAGAUAGGUGGUGCACAGAAAACAAAAACCAAGGGAAACAUAUUUUAAAAAAUAAAUCAUUUAGCACAUGAUCUUCCUUAUUAUAGGCAGGAUUCUGUAUGAUAUGUAAAGCUUUCUGUAAAAGAGUUGACUGGUUUUAACAAGGUUGUUAUUGCAUAUUUUUAACUGGCUGUUGACGUCCAGGUAGUAUUCAUCUUUUAUUUUGUUGUAAUUCUUUGUUCAUUGACUUAUUUUUUUAAAAGACCAAUACAAAUAUUCAUAUGAAAAA